UGAAACAAGAAGAAAGCUGAACCUCUAAAAGGCAUCAGACAGUGUAGAUUUGCAGAUUGUGUUUGUUGUUUUCAGUAGGAUAUUUGGAAACUAUAGGAAAAACCCAAUGUCCAAACAAACUUACAGGGUCUGUUUCUGCUUCCAGAGGAGGUUUAGGCUGGCAGUUUCAGAGGCACCGGAGGAUAUCAAGAAGGUGUUUGAGCAAUACUCUGAGAAUGGGAUGAUGAGCAUUGAAGGAUUGCAGAGGUUCUUGGUGGAGUUCCAGAAGGAAGAUAAGGCUACCAGAGAAGAUGCUCAGAAGAUUAUUGAUAGUGUUAAGCAUUUUCAUAGAAAGGGUCUAAAUCUAGAAGCUUUUUUUAAGUACCUCUUUGCUGAUAUUAAUCCUCCUCUUGCUUCUCUUGGGGUUCACCAUGACAUGAGUGCUCCUUUGUCUCAUUAUUUCAUAUAUACUGGUCACAAUUCCUACCUUACUGGGAAUCAAAUCAGUAGUGACUGCAGUGAUGUCCCCAUCAUAAAUGCACUUAAGAGAGGUGUUCGGGUGAUAGAAUUGGAUAUGUGGCCGAAUUCGUCAAAGGAUGAUGUCGAUGUUCUUCAUGGAGGGACAUUGACUACUCCAGUGGAACUCCUAAAGUGUUUGAGGUCCAUUAAAGAGUAUGCUUUUGUUGCCUCUGACUACCCGGUCAUCCUAACUCUGGAAGACCAUCUUACACCAAAUCUUCAGGCUAAAGUUGCCGAGAUGGUCACACAAACAUUUGGAGACAUACUGUUUUCUCCUGGCUCGGAAUGCUUAAAAGAGUUUCCUUCUCCAGAAUCAUUGAAAAAACGCAUAAUCAUAUCUACAAAACCACCAAAGGAAUACCUCGAGGCCAAGGAAGUCAAGGACAAAGAGGAUGGUUCGGAGAGGGGUAAGGCGAGUGAUGAAGAAACUUGGGGGAAUGAAGUUCCGAACCUUAAAGGCAGUCACGUAGCGGAUUACAAGAAUGACUUGGAUGAAGAAGAUGAGGAAAAUGCAGACGACGGAGAUAAGUCGCAGCAUUCACUAGCUCCGGAAUAUAAAAAUUUAAUUACUAUUCGUGCUGCGAAGCGGAAAGGUGGAUUUGAUGAGUGGCUAAAGGUGGAUCCUGAUAAUGUGAGACGUCUUAGCAUUAGUGAGCAACAUCUUGAAAAGGCUGCACUAACUCAUGGAAAACAAAUUGUCAGGUUUACGCAGCCGAAUAUUCUUCGGGUAUUUCCGAAGACUAUACGUGUCGACUCAUCUAAUUACAACCCGUUAAAUGGAUGGAUGCAUGGAGCUCAAAUGGUUGCAUUUAAUAUGCAGGGUCAUGGAAGAUCUUUAUGGUUGAUGCACGGAAUGUUCAAAGCCAAUGGGGGAUGUGGCUAUGUGAAAAAACCAGAUUUCCUUUUGAACUCUGACGAACUCUUCGAUCCGAAAAUCAAGUUACCGGUGAAAACAACUUUGAAGGUGACUGUGUAUAUGGGGGAAGGAUGGUAUUAUGAUUUCCAUCACACACAUUUUGACGCAUAUUCGCCGCCAGACUUUUACACAAGGGUGGGUAUAGCUGGAGUUCCUGCUGAUUCAGUAAUGAAGAAAACAAAGAUCUUAGAAGAUGACUGGUUGCCUUGUUGGAAUGAAGAGUUCGAGUUCCCUUUAACUGUCCCGGAACUGGCUCUGCUACGGAUCGAAGUUCACGAAUAUGACAUGUCUGAAAAGGAUGACUUCGGAGGCCAAACAUGUCUUCCGAUUUCCGAGCUAAGAAGUGGCAUCCGAGCAGUUCCACUCCAUUGCCGAAAGGGUGUUAAGUACAAUUCUGUCAAGCUCCUUAUGCGCUUCGAAUUCAUCUAGUUCCCCGAAGGAGAGUUUGAGUUUCAACAGUUUCUGAAACCAACUUCAAAUUGAUUGAUCAUACUUGUGAGAGCUUAUGUGCAGACUGCAGUUAUCUAUUACAUGUUAGCUCUUGUAAUAUAUAAUAUAUAUAUAUCAUCCUUAUCU